AUGUUAGCAGCCUGUCUUCAAGCUCUACCAAAAAUAGUUUGUGAAAGCAGUAACACUUCUGGUACCCAAGAAGACACGCCUUCUUCUGCUCUACCAAAUGUAGACCCGGAUUCACCGCCGAUUGCAUCUGUAGUACCUGAUGGUUAUCCUUUAAUCGAGACUCUUCAACUUUCCUCUUCAGAGAUCUCUCAUAAUUUUGAAACAAUUAAGCAUUUGGGAAAGCGCUCUGCAUCCCACGAAUUGCUUUCGACUGAUCAUAUGCACAAGCAGAUGAAAAUGGGCUAUAUUACUCACAGAAUCCGAUUUCCAUAUGAUAUAGAUGUCGAAGAAAAGUGUUCUGCAAAAAAAGACACUUCCUUGAAGAUGUUAAAAAACAAAACAUUCAGCAAGAAUACGGUUUCACUUCCAGCACUGGCUGUCGGAGACUCUUUUGCUUACUCAAAUGCGAUAGAUGGUGUGGGAAAAAACAAUCAACAGGAAGAGAAAAUUCAAAUGUUAGAGGCUCGUAUCUCUCAGCUCACAGCUUUGGUCCAAGGUAUUGAAGGAAAAGUUGAUACCAAUCAACGCAAAGCUUUGCAUACUGAAAAGAUGAUGGUUGAAAGAUUCCAACAUCAAUCAUCUGCUCUAGAAGGGCCAAUUAGAGAUAUCAUGUUACUCCAAUCUCGGGCUGAAAGUUUAGAAAACAAAACCGCGGAUUUACUGGAAGAUUUAGAUACAGCGUACAUCAAAAUUGGGGCACAUGGGAGAGUAAUAAAGAAGAUCUUGGGUCCGGGAAAUGAAAUGCUUGAAGAGCAAUACGGUGGUAUUGAUUCUAAAGGGGAAGACUGUCCUCAUCUUAUUGUGAUCGGUAGUUUAGCUUGGGUGUUUGUAGUCUGUAUUAUUUAA